CUCGCGGCUCCCGCAGCUGCCGCCGCCGCUGCUGCAGCGCCGCCACCCAGCCGGGAUGGGCGCGGGGCCCGGCGCGGGGCUCUGAGCCUCCCUGCAGCCCCCCCACCCCCGAGCUCCGGCUCCAGCCUCUUCCCCUCCCCCUCCCCUCUCUUCCCCUCCCCCAGCCGGGGGGCCAUGCCCCAGGCUCUGAGCUGGGGGGCGGCCCCGGGGGCCCGGGCAGCGCGGAGGCCGGAGGUCCAGGUCCAGGUCCGUGUCCCUGUCCCCGAGGGCCCCCCCAGCGCGGCGCUUCAUGGAGCGGCCCGGCCCUGGGUGCCGGGGGCGGGAGGAGGAGGAUCCAGCUGGGCCCUGUGAGCCCCCAGCGCUGGCGGCAAAAUGCACUUCCAGGGUUUACAAAGGACUUCCCUCACAGCAGUGCUGGGAAGGAGUUGAUAGUGGAGAAGACGACUGACUACCCAUCGGCCGAGUAUUCCCUGGUGGAGGAUGUGGCCCUGCAUUUCACCUGUUUGAUGGACAGGCUGAACCAGCAGCGUCUCUUCCAGCCAGAUCUGUGUGACGUGGACCUGGUGUUGGUACAGCAGCACAGCGUCUUCCCGGCCCACAAGGGGGUCCUGGCUGCCUACAGCCAAUUCUUCCACUCUCUCUUCACUCAGAACAAGCAGCUGCAAAGGGUCGAGUUGUCCCUGGAGGCCCUGGCCCCUCGGGGGCUCCAGCAGAUCCUCAACUUCAUCUAUACCUCCAAACUCCUGGUUAACGCAGCCAACGUUCAGGACGUGCUGAACGCCGCCUCCGUGCUCCAAAUGGCGGACAUUGCCGCCUCCUGCCAGGACUUGCUGGACGCCUGCUCCCUUGGGCCGCCGGGCCCUGUGGCCAUGGCCCUGGGGCCCGGGAGCAGCGGCGGCGGGUGCCCAUCUGGCCCUGCCUCGUACUAUUGUGAGAUCAAGCAGGAGGCUGACGCCCCCACGCAGCCCAAGAUCUAUGCCCGGGAAGGGACGGAUCCGUUUUCAGUGAGGGUGGAGGAUGGUGCGGGGCUGGGGGGCAGCACUGGCAUAGGACUGAGCCCCGUGUCGGCAAAGCCCUUCUACAAAGAGGAGAAGGAGGAGGAGGCCGGGGGGACCGAGGGGACAGCGCCCAGGGCUCUGUGCAAGCUGGAAGGGGUGGAGGACUCAGAGGAGGACCUGGAGGGCCAGGGGGCCUAUAGCACAGAGCAGCAGCAGAUCAUCGUGGAGGUCAACCUGAACAACCAGACGCUCCAUGUGUCCAAAGGCCCCGAGGGGAAGCCGCCGGCUGCCGACACCGGGGAGGCCACUGUGGUGCUGGGUCCGGAGGAGAGAGCCAGGGGGGAGGAGGAAGAGGAGGAGGAGGAAGAGGAGGGGGGUGCUGGCGGCAGUGGGGGAGAGGAAGAGGAGGAGGAAGAGGAAGAGGAGGAAGAAGAAGAGGAGGAAGAAGAAGAGGAAGAGGAGGAGGGUGAUGGUGGGGAGGAGGAGGAAGAGGAAGAAGAACAUAGUGAGGAAGAGGAGGCUGAGACGACAGAAGAGGAGGAGGAGGAGGCGGGCCGGGCGAGGAAGGAGAAGCCGAGGCCCGCUUGUCAGGGAUCCCGGACGAGCCAGGCUCCGAGGAGCAGCGUGGCCACGAGGUCAAGGGAGAGCGCCAAGCAGGGGGUGUCGGGGGAGGAGGAGGAAGAGGGAGUUGAGGAGGGGGCCCGAAGAGGCCGGAAGCGAAGGAAGGGUGCCCAGCUGCCCGCCCCGGCCCCAGAUGGUCUGGGCCCCAAGGUGAAGCUGGAGGAGAAGCAACAUCACCCAUGCCAGAAGUGCCCUCGGGUCUUCAACAACCGCUGGUACCUGGAGAAACACAUGAACGUGACCCACAGCCGCAUGCAGAUCUGUGACAAGUGCGGCAAGCGUUUCCUGCUCGAGAGCGAGCUCCUGCUGCACCACCAGACCGACUGCGAGAGGAACAUCCAGUGCAUCACGUGCGGCAAAGCCUUUAAGAAGCUUUGGUCCCUCCACGAGCACAACAAGAUUGUCCAUGGCUACGCAGAGAAGAGGUUUUCCUGCGAGAUCUGUGAGAAGAAAUUCUAUACGAUGGCACACGUGCGGAAGCACAUGGUCGCUCACACCAAGGACAUGCCCUUCACCUGUGAGACCUGUGGCAAGUCCUUCAAGAGGAGCAUGUCACUCAAAGUCCAUUCCCUGCAGCACUCCGGGGAGAAGCCUUUCAAAUGUGAGAACUGCAAUGAGCGCUUCCAGUACAAAUACCAACUGCGGUCCCACAUGAGCAUUCACAUUGGCCACAAGCAGUUCAUGUGCCAGUGGUGCGGGAAGGACUUCAACAUGAAGCAGUAUUUUGAUGAGCACAUGAAAACACACACAGGUGAGAAGCCGUAUAUCUGUGAGAUCUGCGGCAAGAGCUUCACAAGCCGGCCCAACAUGAAGAGGCACCGGCGGACGCACACGGGCGAGAAGCCUUACCCCUGUGACGUGUGUGGCCAGCGCUUCCGCUUCUCCAACAUGCUUAAAGCCCACAAAGAGAAGUGCUUCCGUGUCAGUCACCCGAUGACCUCGGACACUCCUGAUGGUGGUGACCACCCCCCAGGCCUGACCCUGGCCCUGACUCCAGUGCCCCCAGGAGCUGCCCCCUCAACCCCUACCCAGCCUGGCCUUCCUCCCCCGCAGCCUCCACCACCACCACCAGCCCCCUCCCACUCCCUCCCCCUGCUUCCCCCACGCCCCCAGACCCUGCCACCCCCCUCACUUACCUCCCCCACCUCCAUUGUUCUCUACGGGGAAGGUCAAUGCCAGCCACAACUAGGGCCACUGUUCCUCACCCGGGCCCUACUGCUCUACCCCAGAGCCCUCUCAUUGCCUCUCGUCCAUGCCAAGUUUGUCCCAGCUGCACCUCCAAAAGGACCCCAUGGAUUGACUCUGGAAAAUGGAGCCCGUGUGUGUGUGUUCCUCUCCUUUCUCCCCUUCUCCUCCUCCUCAGUGGAGUUGAAGGGGCUAUUGAUGUGAUUUCCAAGGACCCGGGUUCAGCUUCUCACUCUGCCACUAACCCACGUGACUUUGGACAGGCUGUUGGUCUUCUCUGAACCUCAGUUUCCUCAUCUGUACAAGGAGGAAGUUGGACUAGAUGUUAGAUAAGAUCUCUUCCAGUUCCUGUGCUCCCCCUGCCCCCUCCUAUCCCUUCCUGUUCCAUGACCACUCAGUUCCAUUUUGCAUAUGGUCUCAUCAUGGUGGUAUUGGGGAUGAACAGAAUGUAGGAUAAGGCCUUGGAUAGGAGCCAAGAGGUGGUGCUACUUAGUUUGGAGGGGUUCCCUAUUGCUUUGAUGAGAGGGAAAGGAAGAGGACUUGGGAGGGCAGAAUGGCAUAGUAGAAAGAGACCUGGGUCAAGAGUCAAGGACCCUAGAUUCAUAUCUAGACUAUGGUUCUUACUUCCUGCUCUAGGCCUCAGUUUCUUCAUUUGUAAAAUGAGAGUAGUGUAAUAAGGGGGUGGGCAGCAGCUGGCAGGAGAAGCAGCCCCAGACCUUCUCUGAGCAUGUGUGAGGGGUGGGCUGAAGCCAGUGUUAUAAGCUAGGCUCUGAGGGCCAGGGGUGAGGCAGGUUGGGGUGGUCAUUUGCCACCUAAGAUGAGCGGCCCAAGUGGAAGGCUCUGGGCACUCAGAGUCCCCGUGUUCCCCUUUGGGUGAGGGGGCUAGUGUAGAGAGGUGAGAUUGGUGAGAGUGGAGGUCAUUGUCCUAGGGUGUGUGCACGAGUGUGUACCCAUGUCAAAGUAUAUGUAUGUCUCUACUGUCUGAGAACGAGUGGCCUACCCAAGGAUGUCUUUGGACAAGGAGAAUGUGUAUGGGGUGGGGUACAGUCUGUGUGCAGGGUUGUGUUUGUGCACAUGUGUGUAGGUGUAUGUUCACAUACAUGUGCAUGCAUGCCCAUGCAUCUGUGUGUCUGCCUGUCUUUGUGUACCCCUAUCUCUGGGUGUGUAUCUAGGAAGGAAACUGUGUGAAUGGGGGAUCGCCUGUAUGUGUUUUGGUGUCUCUAUAUGUGUUUGGGGGGGUAAAGACCUCAGGACAAGCACUAGAUUCACUUUGAUUGGGGGUGGGCUAAGUCCCAUCAGUUUUGCCAAAAUGCCAUUUCUCCCUUCUCUCCCCUACUCUGUGUCCUCCUGCCUGCUGUUCUUAGGGCACACAAGUAUGGGCCUAGGGAGGAAGCCCGGAUUACAGGAGACCAAGCCUAUGUGGGUUUCAGGCCAGGUGGGGAAACAGAGUAGUAGCUGUUUGGUUAUACUUUGGGAAAGGGAGUUGGGAAUGGUGCCAGGGUGGGGGGGCCCUGGGCCCUUCCCCUCACUCCCAGGGGAUCUGCUCCAGAAGAGCCUUUGGCAGAAGGCAGUGGGACUCAUUAAGUCUUCCAGUUGCCACCUUCCUCACAGCAAGCUCCCUCUGUGGUUGACUGGUGACUGAUAAGAUGGGUAGUGGGGGCCUGUGUUCCUUUUUCAUGGGGGAGAGUAGGCACGGGACAGUGGGGGCCAAGCUCAGACAACCUCAGAGGCCUGUGCUAGCCCACGGACUGGGGAGGGGGAUGCCUUUAGGUGGGAGGGAUUAGGAAGCUGGGGAGGCAUCCCUCAGGACUUUCCAAGACUUGGGGCUCUUGCCUGAUCAGGGAGUAGGGGGCAGGCAGUCGAGGAAAGGGGGGUCCUUUUCACAAACUGAAGGCAUCAAUCACAACUUGCUGGGGAGGGAUUGGUUUCUCAAAGUGCCUUACAGUUUAGAAGGAGGAGGGAAGGAAGAGGAUGACGGCACCUUGGGGGUAGGAAUGCCGAGUCCUCUGGGGGAUCCUGAGGUCAGUCAACCAAAGACGCCCCCUGAGGGGGUCACACUGGUCAUGCUCCAAGGGCGGGCCCCAAUCCCCAAAGGCUGGCUACUGCUGGGGCCCAUGGCAAGAGGGAGGGAAUCUGCUGUGGUUUAGGGGAGGGGUUGAUGAGCUGCUUCUUGCUUUGACCCCAUGGGCAGCAUCCCAGAACCUGAGCCAACAGCUCUCCUCUCUCUUCCUUUUAAUGUGCUCACCCCACCCCCACCCAGCCUUGGAAGAAACGACUUGGACCAAACAUUGGUCAGAAUGUCUUCAGAAUUAGGAGCAGGGAAUGAUGGGCCCUUUGUUUCUGGGCUCCUAGGUGCUACAAAUACAUUUUGGGGGGGAGGUGUAGCCAAGAGGCUGGCAUGUUGGGGGCCUGUCCUCCACGGAUGGCUAAAGUGUUACCAGGGAACUCAGCCCCACCCACUCUGUAGGAUUUCUCCCAGUCCCCUCCAGCUGGCUCUCAGGACUGGUGCCCUAGAGUGAGCUCAGGUGCCUCAUGGUCUUUCUGAGAGCGAAAGCUUCUUGGUCUCGGCUAGGAGGGUCAUCGUGCAUGCUGACAGGGGUCAUCGACCUCUCCUAGCCUGCUGCUCUCCCACUCCCUCCCCCACUUAAAUGGAAAUACAGGGUGUGUGUGUUGGAGGGACGUUAGGGUGAAUGUAUUCAUUAGGGGAUGUGUGUGAGCAUGUGUGUAUGUGUGUAUGUAUGGGAAAAACUUGGAUAGGACAAAGGAGGAGCCUGAAUGUGGUUGCCUGCUCCUUUGUGCCAGGGGCUACGUGGGCACUCAUGCCCAUUCACCUCUCCUCUCUCUCCCUCUCCUUGUGGGUGGGCUGAGGCUUUGCCUCCUGGGGGCUGCCUCGACUUCCCCAUGUUUUCCCUUCCCUCCAGGCUGCUGCAGUGAGGCUCGGGCUGGCCCAGAGCCUUCUGCACAAAUUGGGACUACAAUGUGAUCCCAGGCAGCCUGCCUCGGCUCAGGCAGAGGUGUGACCUUGGUGCAGAUGGGGCAGCAGGCCUGGCACUGGGUCGUUACAGUUAGGGUUGCUGCUCAUCCUGUUCCUAAAUUGAGGCAGUUCCAUAAGCUAAUUCUUCCUGAUUAAGCUCCUUUAUUUUUCAUUUUGUAACUUUUUUUUUUGGUAAUUUUUGAGAUUCUUUGCACCUUAAUCCCCUCCCUCUGCUCUCCUCCCUCACUGGUAUCAGGCCCUGGGAGACAGGACCUCCUGCUUCCCAUGGCUUUGUCAAAAAUGGAGCAGGAAGAUUGAGGACUUGGAAGAAAAUGGACCCUCUUCUGCCCACCUGCUGCUGGAAUCCUCUUGGAAACUAGGGCCAGCUUUGUGGAGGGCAGGAGCCUGAAAAUGGGAACUGAAGUGGUGCUGGGGGUUCGAGCGGCAGUGUUGUUCAUGUAGGCAAUGCCCACCUGGGCAGACUUGCCCCAUGCUGGGCCCCAAUGACAAAGGUGACCCCUCCACCUCCAGGAACAUGAGGGCCCAUGUACUGUGUGGCUUGAGCUGUCAGAGGGCUUGAUUUUCAUCAAGGAAAAACAAAAGCCAAAGUCAGCCUCAACACUGUGGACUGCGGCUGCAGGGAGCUGGGAGGUGAUGGGGACGGAUGGGACUCGGAGAGCACUUAGGAAGGCCAGAUCUGAGCUGUUGCAGCUGGUGGGCCCAUUUGCCUCCACAUGAUGGGGAAGGUUAGUCAUGGGGCCCUUAAGUGUGAUAAACAAUAUUAUUAAUAAUAAUUAAUAAACAAA